CGUUCGCCGCCAUUGCAAGCAAAACGAGUGCACAGAUGACGAACAACACACAACACUUCACAACAUGCGAUUUGGCUCGCUUGUUUGAACCAAAAUUAACCGAUAACUUUACCUGAAUGUGUUUCAACAAAAGUUCCAGCUUCAGCAGAUAAAAUGUCGGCUUUUAUUGCCCACCCUUCGGUGCGGAUCAGGGGCACAGAGCACACCUACAACCCAGUGUUGUGUCAGGAUGACAACUGCUCAGGCAAGGACAAGGGCACUCAUAUGCACUGUCCUCUCUGCACUGUGGUCGAGGCCUAUCAUGACCCUCUUAUCCUACGGGCUCAUUACCGCAUUAAACAUGUUGACAAGGGUAUCGACUUUGCUGGCCUAAAAGUGCUUCGAUGCUGCAACCACUGUGAGAUCGUGGGCACCAUCAAAGGGGAGAAGAGGUUCAAGGGGGCACACUGGCACUGCUACCGCUGCCGAAAUGGCUUCAACCGCCGAGACGAGGCCAUCAAACACUAUAAGACCCACUUCCGGAACCCCCACACCACCUUCCAGAUACAGGUCACACAGGAGGUGAACAGCCGACAGUAUUAUGACCAGAGUCCGGAGGCCCACCCUAAAGCCUAUGGAGGGCUGGAAGUGUGUACGGGCUCUGGGGUGGAGGGCGGAGACAUUGGGACUAUCAUGGCGCAGCCAAUCCCCAACACAGCCAACACGGAUACUCUGCUCACUGUGGAACCCAAGGUUUCAUAUAUGUCUCAUGAUUUGUGCAGCGUGAACAAUGGGAUCCUAGUGGCAGCCGAAGAGGAGGUGGGGCCUUCCCAGCAUACCCUGGACCAGACCCAGACGCUGGUUCUCAUGGACCCAGAUGGACAGGGAGGCAACCUGAUUUACGAGGAGGCGGCCAGUAUUAUCUCUGAACAGGGCGGGGAGAGUCUGGAGCAGGCCCUACAUAUAGAGAAGCAUCUGCUGGAGCUCCACCAGCAAAAUGUGACCUUGCGGCAGGAGAAGGACGCCAUGGAGAAGAGGCUAAGGGCAGAGAUCCACAGACUAAACGAACAGGUGGCCAGUGUGGUGCAGGCCAACAUCAAGAUGUUUGAGGAGCUAAAGCUAUACCGCUCUGCAGAGAACAGCCAGCAGAGAAUCGAUCAGCUGGCUUCCAUGUCUUCUCCCUGGACCUCCUCAAUGUCCACCUCUUGAACAUCAGACUCUGGGGCCUAUUCUUCACUGUCACUUUCCAACCUUGUUGAGGAUGGCUCUUUGUCAGGCUCAAAUUUGCCCGGAUGGACACCAAUUUUUCAACCCUGUGUGUGUUCCCAAACAAGGACCAGUUGCACUCUGUGGCGGCUGAUGUUGAUGGGAUUUGGAGGAUGUUGGAGGCAACAGGGGAAAGAGCCUCAGAUCCACAAAGUCCCUUCCACCAGGUGGCUGAUGAGAUAUGUUGGCACAACUGCCAUAUUGCACCUUCAUCCUAAAGCCCUUGCUUGGAACUGUACUUCGCCGGACCUUAGCCUCAUCCAGGCCAAGGUGGUGAGACCCGUAGUGAUGACACCAUAGGUCAUGCUGAUCUCUGCACCAGACAGGAUGCUCUUGCCAGCAUACUUGGGGUCCUACAUGUACGCUGUGGUGUGUAUGGGCUUCAGGCAGAAGUCUUCACCCUUUUUGAUGUAUUUCAGAACUGCAGUUUCCUCUGCUUGGAGCAACAGUGAAGUGAGCAGGGCAGUACAGAUUUUUUCUCUUACAUCUGCAAGCAGAGUCUGAACAUCACACAGGAUGGCAUUGUUUCCCUCAACAGGUGUUGCUGGGCAGCUUCAAUGUGGUUCUCUUAUUUUUCUCACUUUGCUUGGUGAGGUAGAUUGCUGCUAUAACUUGAUGACCCUUCACAUACCUAAUCAUUUCCUUGGCUCUCUUGUAGAGUGUAUUGUUUUCAGUUGCAUGAUGUCCUUGAGGAGCAGAUUCAAUGCAUGUGCAGCACAGCCAAUGGGUGUGAUGUGAGGGUAGGAUUCUUCCACUUUAGACCAAGCAGCCUUUAUGUUCACCGCAUUGUAUGUCACCAGUGCAAAUACCUUCUGUUAUCCAAGGUCAUUGACUCACUUCAGCUCAUCUGCAAUGUAGAGACCGGUGAGUCUGUCCCUUGUCUGUGCUCUUGUAGAAUACUGGUUGAUGGGUGGAGAUGAUGUAGUUAAUUAUUCCUUGCCCAUGAACAUUCGACCACCCAUCAGAGAUGAUUGCAAUAGUCUGCUUUCUCUAUGAUUCGCUUGACCUUCACUUUAACUCUGUUGAACUCUGCAUCCAGCAAAUUAGUAGAUAAAGCUAGUUGGAGAGGUGUAUGCUGGGCGAAGAACAUUCAAAUCUCUUCCAAUACACAUUGGCUGUGAGCAUCAGAUUCUGAUGAUUCUGCAUCUUUGUUGCACACUUCACAUGAUUUGGCACAGUAUUUGCAAAUGUACACAGUUUUUCCUUCUAGCUGCAGUGAAAUGUCUCCACACAUCAGAUAGUGCCCAUGGAAUUUUCCUGUAGAGAUUAAGGGAAAAAAUGCGUAAAAAAACAAAUACAAUUCCAUGUAUAGAUAAAUAGGUUAAGCAGUUUGAUUAAACGACUUCUUUGUAAGAUAAAUGUUUUAAAAUGAAACAUGUAUGGAAAUAGGUGAACUAACACUCCUCAGUUUGCAGGCUCAAGCAAGCUAAAACAAACCAGCAGAAAUUGUUAGAAAUGAUUUAAACACACUUUGCUGUAGGCUACUAUUUACUAGUUAACAAAAAAUAUUGUAUGUCAUAUAAAAUAUAUUCACCCCACCCAAUAUUGUAAUCAAAACUUACCAGAAAGCAUGUAGUCCUUGGCUCAGACAGUGUAGUAGUGUUGGCUCAAUAGUAUCUCAUUAGCGUGCAAGCUCUUGAGAAUCAGCUGUACAUGUGAUGGAAGAGUGCACUGCAUAUGUGAUGUAAGAGUGCACUGUGCAUGCAGAAGGUUGCAAUUCCAUUGAAUUGGGGAUAGUUUAACCAAAAUAUGUCACAAGAUCUAGAAUGGCCUUGUGUAUCCAACAAAAAAAGGUGCACUUAACUUUUUAAAAUAAAUUUAAGCAAAAUUCCAGGGCUUUUUUACCUUUAUUUUACUA